CUGCCCGCCGUAACCAUGGAGACGGCGGCGCAGAGCGAUGACGUAAGGGGGAGGCGCGUCGCGAUGAUGUCAUCACAGAGCGCCGAGAUUCGGGAGCGACGUUGCCGUGGACACCGAGACGCCGCCCUGCGGGGAGAGGCCAUGACCUCCCGCGAGCGCACGGCCGCCGCCCGGCAGCGCGGGGACAAAACGCGGACCCCCAGCGCCGCUCCUCCGGACGCGGCCCUCGGGCGGCUGUGCGAGGCGCAGUGGCUGUCCGUGCUGGCGGCCGAGGAGCGGGACGACGUCGUAGGGGACGCGGUGGCCGAGCUGCUGGGAGCCGUCGUGGAGCGCUGCUUCCAGGCCGAGCUGGCCCGGCAGUGCGUGCCGUUCGCCGUGAGCCAGGCGAGGGCCGAGCUGCUGCGGGCGGCCGCGUGGCGCUUCCCGGUGCGGGACGAGGGCGACGCGGAGCUGGAGGCGGCCGGUGCGUGGCAGGAGGACGAGGAGCCCCCGCCGGGUGCCACCGAAGCCUGGGCUGAGGGUGCCGUGCCCAUCCUGCGAGUGUGUCCGGCCGCAGGGCACGGAGAGGUCUCCAGCACCGACACGGACGCCGUCCCAUCCGAGGCUGAGGGGGGCGGCGUGCCACUGCCCUCCCCAACACCGUCGGUGCAGGAUGAGGUGCUCGACGCUCCCCAGCCCUCCGAGGGAUCGGGCGCCCCCCCCGUGCCAGCCCUGCUGCCGGCCCCGCUCAGCCGCAGCACGGCCCGGCCCCGGCGCCUGCCUGGCAUCAAACACCCAGGGCCACGGUUGUGGGCGGAAAUCAGCGAUGCGGCAGAAGCUGAAGGGCACGGAAAGCCACAGCCCCCCUCCUGCAGCGACCUGAUAGCGAUGUGGGCACGGAAAUCUCUGCGCAGUGAGGGGUGGGCGUGCGAUAGGCGCAGCGCCGCUCUGCUGCACCCCUCCACGCUCCGGAUCCGGCCCCACGUGGAGGUGUUGGAGCCGGGCACAGAGAUCGAGAGGCAGUCGCGUCCCCUGCGGCACCGGCGGCAGCCCCGCGGCCCCUCUGGGCAGGAUGUGGGGCCGGGUGCCUCGCGGUCGCCCCGAGGGCUGGCGGCUGUGGAGGCGCCGCGGCUCUUACCGCCCAUCGCGGGGGCCGGGCAGCCCGGCAGCUCCCGAUCUCCGGUGCUGGGCUCCUUACUGGGCACCGUCCGGCUGGCUCCCGGUGUCACCAUCAGGCACGGAGGCAGCGAGGGGCGCGGGCUGCGCCUCCCUGUGCGCAGAGAGGAUGCGGAGGAGGAGACGGGAGAGGCCAAGAGGGACCUGAGGCCUCUCCGCCCCACUGUGCCCUUCCCUGCCAUCGCAGUCAGCCAGGUCACCGGCGAUGGCACGCCUUGAAUACAGCAGAGUCCAACAUCUCCUGGCUGUGGGCCUGAGUGCGGCGUGGGGUGAGAGCUCCCAUCUGCUCCAUCCGGGAUGGCAGCCCCGUCCCAUCCUCAUCCCGGGGCGUCGCGGUGCCUCGGCUCCUUGCUGUGAUGCUGGCUGCCAAGCCCUGCUUUCAGCAGCUCCCGUAGGAUUAAGGUGAAGGGACGCUCGGGGUCUGCACCCAAACAUCAGCCCCAGUGGAAGCUCAGAACAGAUGUGCUGCAGGGGUUGGCCCUCCCACAGCCACAUCCACCCCGCUCUGUGGUUCUCAGGGCAAUCUGGGGGAGCCUCGCAGCGCUCAGCAACUGCAAGGGAAAAAGAGAAGGGAGAGAUGGAGAGGCAGGGAGAGCAGCAGCCCCCGACCCAGCGCCAGGCCUGCUGAGGGCUGUUUGGUGCACAGAGCCCCCCAGACCGUGUGCACCCCUGUUUAUCGGCCCCCUUCCUGCGCUUCUGGACCCCUCUGUAACCUCAGUGCCAGGUGUGGCUGAGCGGCCCGGGCUGUCCUGUGGGACAAGGUGCGCUCAGCCCGCUCCCGCCUGCUCUCCCACCCCGCUGCCCAUCUCUGCCCUGCGUCCCGGGGCCAAAUUGCUGCCACCCAUCCCUGCUCUGUGCUCCAGCAGCUGGCGGAGCUGCCGUGCUCUGCUGCCGGGGAAU